UUAAAGAAAGCACAGUCUCAUUCGCUCGUCGUUUGCAUCUGAACUAACACAGACCACGAUGAACUCGCUGGUGGUGUUGCUUUCCGUGGUGGCGUUGGCCGCAGCCUCGCCGAGUGGCCUUCUGUUGGCUCCAUCAGCCAUCGUUGCUCCUGCAGCUGUAUCGCACCAGUCACGCAUUGACAUCCAAUCAUCUCCAGCUGUAGUGAGCACCUACGCGUCGGCGCCCAUCGCCACCGCUGCCAUCGCGACUCCGGCGUUCUACGCGGCUCCUGCCGCUAUCGCCGCUCCCGCCCUGGUUGGUGCCCACCUCAUCCACAAGCGGUCGGCUCCUCUUAUCGCGGCCCCAGCUGUGACCAGCUACGUGGCAUCUCCCGCGAUCACGACCUACGCGUCUGCUCCGAUCGCCACCGCUGCCAUCGCUGCUCCUGGUUUGGCUUUGGCCGCACCUACUGUCAUCAAAUCGGCCAUCGCCGCCCCCGUUGCCUACGCCGCGCCCGCCGCCAUCGCCGCUCCUGCCGCUGUGUCGCACCAGUCUCGCAUUGACAUCAAAUCCUCCCCAGCUGUUGUGAGCACUUACGCGUCUGCUCCCAUAGCCGCUGCUGCCAUCGCCGCCCCAGUAGCCUACGCCGCGCCCGCAGCCAUCGCCGCUCCAGCCGCUGUGUCGCACCAGUCCCGCAUUGACAUCAAGUCCUCCCCAGCUGUAGUGAGCACUUACGCGUCUGCUCCCAUCGCCACUGCCGCCAUCGCUACUCCAGCUGUCUACGCCGCUCCUGCUGCGAUCGCCGCUCCUGCUGUCCCCCUCGACACACCUGAGGUCAUCGCUGCCCGUGCUGCUCACUUCCAGGCUAAAGCUUUGGCUGGUGCCCACCUCAUCCAUAAGCGGUCAGCUCCUUUCAUCGCUGCUCCAGCUUUGACCACCUACGUGUCGUCUCCCGCGAUCGCCACCUACUCGGCUGCCCCCGUCGUGCACUCGGCUCCCCUCGUCCAAACCUACUCUUCCCCCAUUCUGAAGGCUUACAGCGUGCACCCAUGGUGAGCGCCACCACGGAAGCGAGGAGUACAACUCCUCGGUUCAGAACUGACAAAUGACUGAGAAACAGGCUUGUAAAUAUUAAAUAAAUAAAAAAUGUUUAAAA